ACAAAUUUAGGAACUCUUUGAAGAGCAAAGGCUACCAUGGCUAAGAGUUUUGUGUUCGAUCCCCCCAGUGACGAGGAAUUCGACCACUCCGAUGCUGAAGAAGACGAAGAAGAUGAACAAGAAGAACGAGGAGAGGAACAAGGAGGAAAAGAGGAGGAAGAUGAACCCCUUUCUCGUCGUCGCACUGAGUCUCCUUGGGAUUUUGCCUCUUACUCCGAGUCGGUGGCUGAAGAACAUGUCCGUAGAAGCACUACUUCUGUUGAUUUCAAAAUUUCCAAACUGCUUGAGAAGCGCUCCUCAAACGUCACUCCUACCGCGGCUGAAGAUGAUGAAAGUUCGGAAGAAGAAUCUGACAGACAAGAGGAUUAUAGACCGGAAGACGACGAUGAUGGAACUAGUAAUGCUGGUGAGGGUAAGUCGUUUUUUGCGCCAUCCGAUGGGGCUUCCUUUCAUGCUAAUUCGUUCAUGGAGCUCAACCUGUCGCGCCCACUGAUUCGAGCAUGUGAGGCUUUGGGAUAUGCAAAGCCGACGCCAAUUCAGGCGGCUUGCAUACCGUUGGCAUUGACUGGACGUGAUAUAUGUGGAAGUGCAAUUACUGGUUCUGGAAAGGUAUGGGUUUAUCUUGAGCUUUCUUUGUAG